AUGGCUAGAGCCACGACCACCACGGUCGCACUCUGCUUCCUCCUCAGCUACGUCUUCUCGGUCCUCACCGUCGACCCGCACCGGCCCACGCUUGCCGUCUCGCCGCCGCCGCCGACCGCGUCGUCGUCCGUUGUCAUCGACGACAUCAUCCGGGUCCUCGCCGACACCACCGCGGCGCGCAUCCGCACGGACGCGGAGGCCACGGCGCGCGCGUCCACCGACUUCGGCACCAACGUGACCGUGGACGCGGCGCGGCGCCCCGCGGCCGUGUUCUACCCGUCGUGCGCGGCGGACAUCGCCGCGCUGCUGCGGGCGUCCAGCGCGAGCGCCUCGCCCUUCCCGAUCUCCGCGAGGGGCCGCGGCCACUCCACCCGGGGCCAGGCCACGGCCCCCGGCGGCGUCGUCAUCGACAUGGCGUCGCUCGCAGGGCGCCACUCCUCCGCCGCAAGCAGACUCGCCGUGUCGGUGGGCGGCAGCUACAUCGACGCCGGCGGCGAGCAGCUGUGGGUGGACGUGCUGCACGCCGCGCUGGCGCACGGCCUCACGCCGCGGUCCUGGACGGACUACCUCCGCCUCACCGUCGGCGGCACGCUCUCCAACGCCGGCAUCAGCGGCCAGGCGUUCCGCCACGGCCCGCAGAUAUCCAACGUCCUCGAGCUCGACGUCGUCACGGGGACUGGGGAGGUGGUCACCUGCUCCAAGCACAAGGACGCCGACCUCUUCGACGCCGUGCUGGGAGGGCUGGGGCAGUUCGGGAUCAUAACGCGCGCGCGGAUCCCGCUGGCACCGGCGCCGGCCAGGGCGCGCUGGGUGCGGCUCCUCUACACCGGCGCCGCGGACCUUACGACCGACCAGGAGCGGCUCAUCGACGAGCGCGGCGGCGGCGCGCUGGCCGGGCUCAUGGACUACGUCGAGGGCUCCGUCCUCACCGACUUCCAGGGCCUCAUCGGCAGCUGGCGCUCUCAACCGCCGUCGUCCUUCUACUCGGCGGCCGACGCCAAGCGCAUCGCCGCGCUAGCCAAGGACGCCGGCGGCGUCCUGUACUGCCUCGAGGGCGCGCUGUACUACGGUGGCGCCGGCGACAGGACCGCCGCAGACGUUGACAAGGGUGUGGAGGUGCUGGUGCGCGAGCUGCGGUACGCGCGGGGGUUCGCGAUCGUGCAGGACGUGUCGUACGUGCAGUUCCUGGACCGCGUGAGCGCCGGCGAGGGCAAGCUCCGCGGCGAGGGCCUCUGGGACGUGCCGCACCCGUGGCUCAACCUCUUCCUCCCGCGCUCCCGCAUCCUCGACUUCGCCGCGGGCGUCUUCCACGGCGUGCUGCUCCGCCGCGACGACGGCGGCGCCGGCAAGGGCGGCGGCGGCGGCGGCCCCGUGCUCGUCUACCCCCUGAACCGGGGCAAGUGGGACGGCGCCACGUCGGCGGUGCUCCCUGACGACGACGAGGACGGGGUGUUCUACACGGUGGGGAUCCUCCGGUCGGCGGUGGCGGACGGCGACCUGCGGCGCAUGGAGGAGCAGAACGCGGAGGUGGCGCGCUUCUGCGAGGCCGCCGGCAUCCGGUGCACGCAGUACCUGCCCUACUACGCGACGCAGGCGGAGUGGGCGGCGCGCCACUUCGGGCCCCGCAGGUGGGACACCUUCCUCCGGCGAAAGAGGAAAUACGACCCCAUGGCGAUCCUGUCGCGCGGCCAGAGGAUUUUCUCGUACCCACUUGCCUGA